UAGAUGGUCCGCUUUGUAUUGCCGCUCAUGAUGUGCGAACAGCUUCGUUGUAUCUUUCUCAGUGCGAUUUCAAAAAAACAAAUAAACCAGCACACGAUAACGAAAGUAUUGACUAAGGGACGCCGACGCGUCGGCGGCAGUCGCGGCGGAUGAGAGUGAGAUGGAUCACCCUGUUUAUCACCGAGGGUUUAUAAGUCGAGCACGAUGCGAUCAUACGGUCGACAGUGAGGCGAGGACGUCACUUACAUAAGCUCGUUCUGUCAAUCGUGCGCUCAAUUAACAACAUUGCCCGACUGGUCGAACGUUACGUUAAACGAGCCACCGACGUGCAAUACAUGAAUACAGUGUAAUACUGUCGUCAAAUUAAUAACCUGUUGAAGCAAUGAGGAAUAUGCAAUAUCUCGAGUGAAGAAAAAUGUAAUCAUAAAGUUUAAGUUGAAAAUAGAUUUGGUCGCCAGUCACUAAAAAAAUGCUCAGAACAAAGCUAUUACAACAGUACCUGUUGCAUCACGUGCCUUUGAGCUGUAGAGCCAUGCAUCUUCUGAGAGAUAACGCGUACAUUAACGGGCAUUGGAUAAGCGCAAAUAGCAAGCAGACAUUUCCCAUUUGCAACCCAGUCGACAAUGCUGUCAUUGCUCAUGUUCCUGAUAUGAAUGCCAAGGACACUCAAGUAGCUAUCGACGCCGCCGCCCAAGCCUUCGAGUCGUUCAGUAGAACCACCGCGAAAGAGAGAAGCGAUUUGCUUAGGAAAUGGUACAAUUUGAUGGUCAAACAUUCUGAGGAUUUGGCCCAGAUUUUGACCAAGGAGAACGGAAAAUCUCUCGCCGAGUCCAGAGCGGAGAUCAAGUAUGGAAAUGAUUUCGUCGAAUGGUUUUCCGAGGAAGCCAGAAGAAUCGGAGGUGAAAUACUGCAAUCUCCCAUGUCGAACAGGGAACUGUUUAUAUUGAAGCAACCGGCUGGUGUGGCCGCUUUGAUCACGCCGUGGAACUUCCCGCACGCCAUGAUCACCAGGAAGGCAGCCGCUGCGCUCGCCGCCGGCUGUACGUGCGUCGUGAAACCGUCCGAGGACACCCCAUUGACGGCAUUGGCGUUGGCGGACCUCGCGGAACAGGCGGGCUUUCCCGCGGGAAUCCUGAACGUGCUCACCACGAGUUUAACGAAUUCCGCCGCCGUCGGCCAAGAGCUGUGUUCAAAUCCUAAGAUAAGAGUAUUAUCAUUCACCGGUUCCACAGCCGUGGGAAAGAUCUUGUACAAGCAAUGCGCCUCGACCAUGAAACGGCUCGGUCUAGAAUUGGGUGGUAACGCGCCGUACAUCGUAUUCAAGUCUGCGGACGUAGAUUCAGCUGUAAACUGCGCCAUGGCCAGUAAAUUCCGCAACACCGGUCAAACGUGCGUCUCGGCAAACAGGUUUUUCGUAGAGGCUGAAAUUUUCGACGAGUUCGUCAAGAAGUUUGUUGCAAGAAUUGAGAAAGAUAUCAAGUUAGGAGACGGCAGUAAAGAGGGUAUCACUCAUGGGCCACUCAUCAAGAAGAGUCAAUUGGAUAUGGUACAAGGUCUGGUAAAGGACGCGGUUAAGAAGGGCGCCAAGGUGCACUGCGGCGGAAAUCCGUUGCCAGAGCUCGGACCACUGUUCUACGCGCCUACUCUGUUAACCAAUAUAACGAGAGACAUGCAAAUUUAUAACAAGGAAAUCUUCGGACCCGUAGCCGUAAUCAAUAAGUUUAAUAACGAGGAGGACGUGUUGAGGCAAGCCAACGAUACACCGGUCGGCUUAGCCGGAUACUUCUUUUCGCAGGACGUAUCGCAAAUAUUUAGGGUUGCACGUAAGCUGGAGGUUGGCAUGGUGGGUGUCAACGAAGGAUUAAUUUCAUGCGCGGAAGCUGCUUUCGGCGGGGUGAAAGAAUCCGGCUUAGGGAGAGAAGGUUCUAGUCACGGGGUUGAAGAUUUUCUUGAUAUCAAAUAUGUAUGUAUUGGCAAUCUUAAAGUAUAAUUGAUAUUAGUAAUUGUACAAAGCGCAUUUUGAGCGAUAGUCAUUGUUAUUCGAUAAUAAUUAUUACAAGUCAAGAAUAGACAAUAAUAGGCUAUAUAAUAUAAUAAUUUAUAAUAACAAGGGAACUAGUUUCACAGUGUUCUAAACGACCAUAAUUUUUUAUUAUUUAAAUAUAAUUCUAUUAAUUUUCUUUUAAUAAUUUAUAUUUUUCAAUAUACAUAUGUAUAUGUUCUUGUAAUGAAACACUGAAGACAAUUUAAUUUGAAUUUUUUAAACUCAAGCAGCUUUAUUUUAAUUUGUAUCAUAUACAUUUAUUAAAAUUUUUGCUUAACAAUUUCACUACUGUAUAUAUGCGUUUAUUAAUAAUAUUAAAUAAGAAUAUCAGUGAAAACAUUAAGUUUUUAUAAUGCAAUAUAAUUUAAUUGUAAUAGUAUAAAAGUAUUGUUUUUAUAUUUCAUUUAUUAAUAUUUUUUAUGUUAUAGACUUCAUAUUUUUUAUAUUACAUAUACACGUACAGUACAAAACAAGUCUUCCAAAUUUUAUAAAUGGAGUACAAUAUAUAAGAAAUAUUUAAGAGAGGCUUGAAUACAUUUCCUCCUACAUUCUAUUAUUCCCAUAGAUAUUAUAUCAUAUGCUUUAAUUGCAUAUCGUAAUUACUAAGAAUUACGGAAGGAACUUUAUGGAUAACUUUAAACAGAUGUAAGAAUGAUGUGAUAGAUAUAUAGAUAUUUACAAGUUAUGCUAUUAUAAUUAUAUAAUUAUAAUUAUAAAUAUAAAUUUUAAGUCUAUACAUAUAAGUUGUUACAUAAGUAUCCCAUACCUUUCUCCGCUUAUAUUAUUUUUUUAACAAUUCUUUUUUAUUUGACGUAUUUUUUACGGCUUAAUUUUUAAUAACAAUUUGAUUAAGUAUCAAAAUGAUAUGCCUAAAUUUAUUUAAAAUUCCAUUAAAAGCAUUUCGUUUGAGAGAUUUGUUUAAUGUAAAAGAAUCAUGUAAUUUUUACUUAUAACAUUUGUUUAUUUACUUAAAUUAUAAGUAAAAUAAUUUUUAUUUUAUAUACAUAUGUAUAAAAUAUUGUAUACAUACAUAUAUAAAAUACAUAUAAUUAUUUUUAUAUUGAAAAUAACAAAUUUUUUGGCCUCUCGUAUACAUAGUAAAAAAAGUAUAUGUACGUUUGUUUACAAUUAAAUAAUUGAUAAUCCGAUAUAAAAGUCUUAAUCUCCCUGCUGCUCAAGCGUGUAAUUCUGUUAUUAUGAUCAAUAACUACGUUAUAUAAUACAACUGAUAAUUGCAUUAAUUAAAAACGAGUUUUUUUUGCGAAAUAUUGCUUACAAUUAUAAAGUAUAGGUAUAUAUAUAUAUGUAUAUAUAUUUGUACAAUUAUGUGUAAUCAUAUUUUAGAAAAAAAAAAAAAAAAUGUAUUCACAUGAAGCAAUAGUAAAUAUAAUACAUGAACAGUAAAACAGGUUAUAUAGAUAUUAUUAUAAUGACAGUGUUGUAAUCAGAAUAAAACGAUAAUAAGAAUGUCA